AUGGAUGGAAGCAAGUUCAGUAUGGGAAACUGGAACAUGGCCCAGAUUGACGUAAGGAGGCAGAUGGCAGUGGGAGAGAAGCACGAGCAUAGACUCGUAUUGAGUACUGAGGAGUACUUUGGCUUUGAUGAUAAGCUGGAGAGAGACUACUGGUAUGCGACAAUCAAGGAGUUACAGAGGCAGAUUAAGGAAUUACAUGAGAAGAGGAUGAGAUAA